AUGGAGCUAUUCGUGGGCACGUUCAACGUCCCUCAUGCGACCGCUCCUCACGCCUGGAUUUCCUUUGCGCCAAACCAAAAGACGCUGUACGCCGCAGCGUGGGAUCCCCCCAGCGUGGCAGCCUACAAAAGCCAACUCGACGGCCCAUUCCACACCCUCGAGCCGAUAAACACCAAGCCGGUAGCCAAUUCGCCCGGUUACGUCGUCGCCUCCGACUCGCAUCUGUACAGCGCUGGCGGCGCCACCGGCGAGGCAUUCCAUCUAGACAGCGACGGCGCCCUGGGCGACCUAGCACAACAGCUUGACUUUGCUAACGGCAGCCCUGGUGGCGUCGCCGGUCUUCGCUCCGGAGCGCACAGCGCCGAUCUGAGCCCCGACGGCCGCACGCUGUACGUCGCAGACAUCGGGUCGAAUGCCGUGUGGACGUUUUCCGUUUCGCAACAAGCCACCGGGUCGUCUGCCCUUCUCACAGAGCAGCAGAAGAACAAGGCGGCGAGGGAGGAGGACGGCCCGCGCCAUGCCUGGCCCCAUCCAAACGGACACAUCUUGUACGUCAUCCAGGAGCACUCCAACAUGGUGGACGUGUUCCGAGUGAAUAGGCGCCGGGACGGAACUGUGCAGGACCUGGAGCACCUCCAGGGCGCGAGUGUUUUGCCACCGGGCAAGAACGCAUCCGACUACGCCGCGGAUGAGGUCCGCUUCUCGACCGGACCGCCGGGCCACGCCCCUAGAUACUUGUUCGCGUCCACCAGGGGCUCUGAUGCCAGUCGCAACGGCUACGUCUCGGUUUUUGAACUGGACAGUCAAGGCCGGCUGGUGCGUACGGAGGCUACUGAUCUCUGGGAGACACCGACGAGCGGAGGCGGCUCAAACGCGGUUGAGCCCGCGCCGUGGGUGGCCGAAACUUCUUCCGACGUUCAAUACCUGGCCUUGACGGAUGCCGCCGCUGGCAAGGUUUACAUCCUCGGCUUUGAUGGGGCCUGUAUCUACGAGGUCAGUGAGGUGGCUCUUGAAAUACCUGCGUCUGACGGGGACAAGUUUAAUGGUACGGUUCAAGCCGCCACGGCCGUGUGGCUGACGCCUGCUCGGGGGCUGAUAGAAUGA